CGGCGGGGUCGGUAAACGGAAAAAGGCCAGGAAGAAUCUCCAACCUACUCCCUCUAUUGUUCCUGCCCAGGAUGCUGGGUCUUUUCAACCGCUUCCAGAGCCACAGCCGAUACAGCAGGUCCAUCAGGACCAAUUUGAUGCCAUGCUGGUCGACGAUCGGUUUGGAUCUGAUCAACUGCAUCAGUUCUCCCAACACUUCGACUCCGUUCAGGGGGAACCCUCGAAUGUAGAUGGGACUCAUACCGACCAUAUCACUGGUCAGGUCGAGCGGAUCUCCUUAUCGGAUCCAGUUCACGAGGUGUUAGAAAGGGUUGGUUCUACCGCGAGCCAGAUCUGGUCGACAUCCUCCUGGUUCAAUAAUUUCUCCCUUCCCCAGUUGCCGGUCGAGCAAUCUGAAGAAUGCCUGGCCUUGACUGCACUGAAGAUGGGUUUGUACACCCUGCAAAUGCGGGAAGCCCGUCUGGCCAAGGAACGAGAACUAAUUGUUGCUCAAUCUUCUGCUGAGCAAACCGCUGCUGCCGCCAUCACCUCCCUGGAAGCCGAACGGAAGGCUUUUGCGGGGGAGAAACAGAGUCUGGAUGCUGAGCUCGGUACCCUUCGAGUCCAACUUGCAGCUUCCCAGGCAAAGGUCAUUGCUGCCGAGGCUGCUCAGAUCAAGUUCGAGGAGAUGCCUUCCAGCAUCCCGGAUGGCCCCUAUGAAGUGAAUGUGGAUCUGUCCGCCGUCCGGGAAACAUUUAAAUCCUCUAAUGAAUUCUCCAUCAUCAAGGAUGAUCAUGCAAGGACGCAAAUCCCGUUUGCCUUUGGAGCAUACCUGAAGGGUUUUCCUAAAGGUGCCGGUCGGCUCUCGGCAGGGGUGGCUCUCUUGGACAAGGACCCUGAGGCCAAGAAAUGGAAUGACUCCAUCGUGACAGAUCUUUAUGCCAAAAUCGGCCAGGUCCUGCUGCGUCCCUUCGUCGCUCAACUUCAAAACAAUCUGGGGAGGCCGGUUCAGGCUUCUGAUCUUCCCCAGGAUGACAUCAUACAAGCCCAAUUUGAGAAAUUUCAGCGAGAUCAGCAACGGGAAGCUGAUCGGGCUGCUGGGAAAGAGCCUGAACCCCCGUCUGAUGAUGAUGAAGACGAGGAUGAAGAGGGAGAGGAAAUGGCCCCUGGCCAAUAGUUUAUAUGUUUACUUUUAAAUUAAUCGUUGUAAUUCUCUUUUCUUUAAGUAGCUUGUACUUCCCGGUCAGUAGAACCGAUGAAUGCAGAUCUUUUGUUUUGCACAAAACACCUCUGUCUUUUUUGCGCUUUUUGAAUGUUUUACUCACCAUUCGGGAUUCGGCCCGUUUUGUAGGACUUAACCAAUUUCCUGACUUUAUUUCUUACUUAAAUACUCCUAAUGCCGUUGAUCGCCGUUCGAGCAUUGGAGGGUUCUGAUAAUUUAUCAAGGAAAAACCCCCUUCUCUCUGGGACUCAGCCGUUCAGGCUUCAGAUCAUUUUUUAGGACUUGGCACAUUCUGGC